ACUGCGGGUCUUUCUGUUCCUUCCUUCCUCCCAUCCACAAUUCCAUUCAGUUUCAGAAAUCGGAGGGACCUUCUCUCACAACGCACCUCACAUUUGUGGCUGCACCUCUUUACUUCAACUUCAAUACUCUCACGAUACUUGAAACCCUCGCACGCCAGACUUGAUGGGAAAGGAGAGUCAAGUGUCCGCUAUGGAAAUCGACGCUCCAAACUCGAUCAGUUCUGAUCAGAUCGCUCCCAAAUUCUCCAUUAACGUAUUGCAGCUCUUAAAAUCUGCGCAAAUGCAGCAUGGCUUGCGCCAUGGAGAUUACACUCGCUAUCGGAGGUAUUGCACAGCUCGUUUGAGGAGGUUAUAUAAAUCAUUGAAGUUUACCCAUGGUCGUGGCAAAUAUGCAAAAAGAAACAUAACUGAGUCUACUGUCACUGAAGUAAGGUUUCUUCACCUAAUUCUCUAUUCAGCAGAGAGAGCUUGGAGUCAUGCUAUGGAGAAAAGACAGCUUCCAAAUGGCCCAAACGCACGUCAACGCAUAUAUUUGAUUGGUCGGUUGCGGAAAGCAGUAAAAUGGGCCACUUUGUUUUCACAAUUGUGUGCAGUCAAGGCAGAUUCUAGAACAUCUUUGGAGGCUGAGGCAUAUGAAUCCUACAUGAAGGGGAGUUUAUUGUUUGAGCAAGAUCAGAAUUGGGAUGUGGCUUUAAUGCACUUCAAAAGUGCUAGGGCUGUAUAUGAGGAAUUGGGGAAAUAUGGAGAUCUUGAUAACCAAGUUUUGUGUCGUGAGCGAGUUGAGGAACUAGAACCUAGUAUCCGUUACUGCCUUCACAAAAUUGGCCAGUCAAAUCUACAAGCUUCAGAACUUUUGCACAUUGGUGAUAUGGAAGGUCCCGCAUUAGACCUUUUUAAAGCUAAAUUAGAGGCUGUCAUGGCUGAGGCAAGAUCUCAACAAGCUGCUUCCAUGACAGAAUUUCUUUGGCUUGGCCACAGAUUUCCUAUAUCAAAUGCCAAAACAAGGGUUGCUAUCUUGAAAGCUCAGGAGCUGGAGAAAGAUAUACAUGGUCCCUUGGCAGACUCAAUUCCAGCAGACAAAAGACUUGUUAUUUUUGACAAAAUAUUUUCUGCAUAUCAUGAAGCCAGAGGCUAUAUUCGGGCUGAUUUGGCCACUACAGGAAGUGCAGAAAGCGUGAAAGAUGAUCUGAAUGGUCUUGAUAAGGCUGUCAGUGCUGUUCUAGGAGAAAGAACCAUUGAACGCAACCUCUUGUUGGUUAAGGUUGCAAAGAGUAAAUUUGCAAAGCGUCAUGAUGAUAAAAAUGAAAAAGUCACCAAACCUGAAGAGCUUGUUCGCUUAUAUGAUCUCUUGCUACAGAAUACAGCUGAUCUAUCCGAUUUAGUCAGUUCUGGAAGGGAUAAAAAGACAGAAGAAGUUAGCUUUGCUGAAGUUUGUUCAUGCAAAAGUUUGGCUUUUCGAGCAGAAAGGUGCUUUUAUGUUGCAAAGUCAUAUAGUGUGGCUGGGAAGAGGGCUGAAGCAUAUGCUUUGUACUGUCAUGCACGAAAUUUGGCUGAUGAUGCCUUAAGAAAGCUUCAAAUGUUAGAUGGUGAUAAUAAGACUGUGAUAAAAGAGUUAGAGGACUUGUGCAGUGAGUGCCGAUCUAACAGUUGUAUAGAGCAUGCAUUGGGGAUCAUGGAGGAGAAGAGAACUCAAGAGAAUAUAUCUGAAAGGAUCUCCAAUAUAUCAUUGACUGGAGUUGAGCGGUUGGAGAAGUUCCUUCUUGAGAAACUUGAUGUUUAUGAGUCUGCUGUGGGUGAUUCAAAUGUGAAGUGUGCUCCACGCAUUGCAGCCUUUCCCCCAGCUUUCCAGGCAAUUUCUCGUAAUCCUAUUGUGCUGGAUCUGGCUUAUAACGCAAUUGAAUUCCCACCUAUUGAAAAUAGGAUGAAGAAAACAAAGAGCAGCUUUAUGAGUAGAAUAUUUGGUUAGUCAAGUUGAACAAUUAUUAACGACUGAUCUGGUGGUUUACGUUGUUGAAUAUUGUUAUGAAUUUUGAGAUGUUGAUAUAAAAUUUUUGAGUGGUUCACUUUUGGAUAUUUACAGUGGAGAGAUUGUAUUCGGUCAUAAUUUUGAUUUUGUUAUAACAUUUGAUUUAAGUAGGGCAGGCUGUUACUUCUACCACAGAUGCAGUUAUAAUAUUUACAGUAACAAUUUCUUGAGAAAUAUAACUGAAAUAUCAUGGUGGGUUAAGUUUUUGGUUAUUUAGGGCAGAGCACAAAUUUUAUAAGUGCCUUUUAUUAAUCUUUCGUGGACAUGCAUGCUCUCUUGAGCUGUGGUCCACCUAGGAUUCUUUUUUUCUGUGGUGGUUUCUGCCUCGUGGAGUUAAUUUUGUUUCUUGGUGAGUUAGUUUGCUUUCUAUUUUUUUUUAUGUCAAGAUCAUGAUUGCAAUUUUGAAUUUGUCUCCUUAGUUAGGUUCUUGUUUCAAUUUGUGCUAGGAUACAAUUUGAUUAUGAUGUCAGUGAGAGACACACACACUUAACUAAAAUUCAUUGUUUUGGGAUUUCAAAAU